GAGUUUCUCCUCUAACGAAAGGUCUAUAGAUCCUUCAUCAUGGCCUUGGAAGCUUGCACCACUCAGAUUACAUGUCAAAAUGUCUUUGAUGAGCAAAGGGUCUUCACCGGCUUCUCCGACAUCCUGGAAGAAACCCUGAAGAUACUGCUGAGCCUGUGCAACGAUGAGCCAACCAGGCUAAGGGAGCUGAACGACCGCUUUGCCAGCAACAUCGACAGGCUCACUUUCCUGAAGGAGGAGAACCACAACCUGCAGGUGCAGGUGGAGCACCUGCGAGUCCAUGAGACGAAGCGGAUCUCUUCCUUGUAUGAGGAGCAGAUGAGCAAGAUGAGAGAGGAGAUGGAGAAUCUCACUCGUCAAAAAGCAGAAACGGAUCUGAAGUUAAAGGAACUGACUAUCAGACUGGAGACCGAGACUAAACUGAGAAGAGAAGCCGAGGAAAGGAUUGCCGUUUUGUUAAAGGAAUGCAACACUCCUGCUCUGGAAACCCAUCUCUUCAAAAUUAGGUCACUGGAGGAGAAGAUUGCCUUAAUGAACAAAAUCUAUGAAGAGAGGAACGAUACAGAAUACUGGAGAAAGAUAAUAACUGAUGUGAAACGUGACAAUGGAGGCCCCAACACUGACUGGACGGUGAUUCUUACCAAAAUACGGCAGGAGAUGGUGAAGCUGAUCGGCAACAGUGAUAUUAAUGAGUCUGAGGUGUUGUACAAGUCAAAGAUCACAGAAUGGAAGAAGAGGCUGCGUGUGAGAGAGGAAGAACUCAACGAGGCCCACCAGAAGAUCUCUGAGUUUGCACUCCAGAUCCAGAACAACAACUGUGAGAUCAGCUCACUCCGAGCAACCAUCGAGGGCCUGAAGGGCCAGAUACUGAGAACGGUGGAAUACCACAAGAUCGAGACCGACGGCUUGCAAAAGACAAUUUCAAGCCUCAAAGAAGAGAUCAGCAGUAAGGAGAGUGAGAUGGCGUUUUAUGUCCGCAAGUACCAGGGUCUGCAUAAUGCCAAGGCAGUGAUGAACUUGGAGAUCACUGCCUACAAACACCUGCUGGAAGCUCAGGAGGGCAGGAUGAAAGCAUCUAAGUCGAGCAACCCCAGCCAGAUGAUCAAAGGGGAAUACUACCUUGAGGCUUUCAGACGGGAGCAUGGUGGAACGAUCAUAAAAGAAACCAGGAUUUCCCAGCACGAGGAACCUGGCCAAGAGUCAGCAGUGAGCAUGACCGUCACGAUGGGACAAGAAGAUACAGGAACCAACAGAAACUAGAAUAUGAGAAGAAUAAGACAAAUAUGAUAAAAGUGGAUAAUCGAUUCUUGUGAUUAUGCUUAUUUUUCUUUUGUUUGAUGUUGUCUUUCUUUGCCUGCUGGUGUUUCCAGUUGAACGUGUCCCACAUGCAUGAACAUUCAACAAGCCUUUUAGAUGACCUGCUUUGUGAUUUAUACUGCGACAAUAUAGUAUUAUAUCAGCUCCAUGUUAUAUGACACUACCAUAUAAUUAAUGACAAUCUCUUGUAUUUAACCAUCACUAAAACAAUCUAAUCUCAUUAUUUUCCAUUAAAUGGCCCAUCAUUACUGACUGAGCUGCUUGUCUAAACUUCUCAUAUUCAUAUAUAUGUGUAUGAUUUAAGUAAUGUAAUUAUAUUAUGUAUCUUGCUCUCAUAUCCUUCAAACAUGUAUUUCUUAUAUUUGAAUCCUGCAUUAUUUUUACUGUUUAUUUCUUUUUAGGGUAUUUCAUGUCUGUUUCAGUGCUAUGAUUUAAAUAUCGAAGUAAAAAGUGAGCAACACAGAAAACACAUUGUUUUACUGUUCAGGAUGUGACUUGUUUUCUCUUAAAUUCUUGUGGCUUUUGCCAUCAUAUCACAUAAAGUUUGUUAUGAGAUUUCCAACAGAGCCUUUGGGCCAGAAUCCUCUUUUUAAACACCUUUUUCAUUAACUUCUAAAUUUCCAGUUAAGGAUUUGUAUACAUUUCUUGAUUUCCUUACAACCUAAGUUUGGAUUUGGAUAGUCUUAUUAAUAUAUUUUCAUACAAAUUAUGUACCAGUUACAUUACACUUCCAGAGAUCUGCUUUGAAUGUU